UUUUUUUUUUUUUUAUUUAUUUUUCUUUCUAAUAAUAAUUAAGAUUCUUUUUUAAAAAAAUAAUAAAUACCGAUUUACCUUUUUCUUCCUCACUUAUUAGUUUUUUUUUAUGUAAGUAUUUCCAUAUUCUGUCGUAGAGUCUGCGAAUAUUAAAAAAAUAAAAUAAUAUGGCUGCCGUUCAAACUAUGAUGGGUAACUCUAUUGGAGUUGAAGACGAAAAUUCUGAGGUGAUUUACACUGAAGUUACUGAAGAAGUUAUUCAUGUAGAACACACAGAAAAAUUGGAUACUGUUCUUGAAGUCGAUGAAGUUAAAGUUGUUAAAGAAGAAGAAUAUGAUAAUUUAAAACAAGUUGAAGGAACUAUUUCACCUCCUGAAGAAAUUAAACAUACUGAAACAACUGAAAAAGUUGAACCUACUCAAGUUAAUACUGAACAAGUUCAAACUUCUGAAAUUAAAAAGGUUACCGAAAAAACUGAUGAUAAAUCUAUAGAAUCUCAACAACAAACAUUAUCUGAUCCUUCAGAAGAAUAUGAAUCAGAAACUCAUCAUGAAAAUGUAUCAGUAUCCGGUGAAUCUAAUACAACAGAAACAAAAUCUGUAUCUAAUGGUGUUUUGACCCCUCCAAAAAGUCCAACCGAUGAAAAGGAAAAAGAUAAACCGGAAAAAAAGACUUCAAAAGUUCCAAGUAAAAUUGCAAGUUCCAAAACUACUACUAAGAAAUCAACUUCAGCUACUUUAACUACAUCUCCGACUUCUACCAAAUUAACACGUGCUCGUAGUUCAUCAAUCAGUAAAUCGGAUCCUCCAACAUUAUCUAAACCACCACGCUCUUCUAGCACUUCUAGUAAUGUAAGAGCUCCAUUAACAUCAUCAUCUAAAACAUCACCAACAUCUCCUAAGUCGACUGCAACAAAAGGUACAACAAAAACAACUACAUCAAAAACUACGUCCAGUUCAACUACGUCCCAUUCGACCACAGCGAAACCUACUACCAAAGCUUCGACAAAACUUGCUGCUCCAGGUCUUACACGUAAACCGUCUGCUAAUACAAGUGCUAAUACGACUGCUAGUACUGGAACUACUGCAAAAAAGUCUCCAACUUCUCCAAAAUCCGAAAAAACUCCUGCAACAAAACAAAAAGCUACGCCUGCUGUCACUACCACAACAGCAAAAGCUGUUGCUACAAAAAGUGCAUCUUCUGCGAAGGCUAAUGGAGUUGGCGCGGUAGCAAAGGUUGCUUCUUCCAUUGAUGUUAAUCUUAAAGAGAAGGAACUUACUCGACUCCUUGAAGAAAAGGAGAGUAUUAUAAAAUCACAUCAAGAGAAAUUAGAUGCUAUGAAAGCUGAAGCUGCUGAACAACAAGCUCGUUAUUUGGAAGAUUUGAAAGACGAAAGUCUUAAGAUUCAAAUCGAAAAAGAGAAUGUUCUAAUUGAAAAAGAAGAAGCAAUCCUUGCUAAGGAAGACUUAAUUGCUAAGCUUAAAAAAGAAGUUGACUCUUUAAAGAAAGAAAUUGAAACUUUAAGGAAGGAAAAGAAAGAUAAUGAUUUUGUUCAAAGUGCUUAUAAAGGAGAAAUAAAUCAACUCAAGGAAAACACUGCAGCACAAAUUGAAAAGGCCAAAUCAGAACAAAAUGAAAAACACAAUAAAUUAAUCGAGGAACUUAAAGAUAGCCAUGCUGCUGAAAUCUCCGAAUUAGCUCAAAAAAUUAAAGGCGGUGAAUCUAUCGCCGAAGAACUCGAAAGAGUAAGAGCUGAAUUAGAGACCACUAAAAAGGAUCAUGAGGAACAAUUAAAAUCUUUACAGACACAGCAAGAACUUGAUAUUGAACAAGCUAGAGAACAAGAAAGAAAUAACUAUAGGGCUACUCAAGGAGACACUAACAUUGCCAUUGAAACAAUGAAAUUCACCCAUUUGGACGAAGUGAACGAACUUAAGAGAGCUCAUGCUGAAGAAUUACAAAAACUUAAUGAUGAACGUGAUGAUGCGAUAGAGAAAGCUAGAACUGAAAUUCAGACGCUUCUCAAUGAUCAACAUUCUUAUGAAGUUAUUAGACUUCAGAAAGAAUAUGAAGAAGAAUCGAAGUCAACUAAUAAAAAAAGUGAUGCUGUUAUCCAAGAAAUGGCUGCUCUUAAAGGCCAACAUUCUCAAGAAAUUCACAAUCUUAAUAAGACUAUAGAGGAUCUUAAUAACAGCUUAGAGGAGCUUAAAAAAAAUCAUAAUAUUGAAAUUGAAUCAUUAAGGUCAUCUGCAGGCCAAGGGCUUGUUAACAAUCAUGAAACAGAAAUAGCAGAACUUAAAGCUCAACAUGAAGCUGAAAUUGCUCAACUUAAAGCUAGUCUAAUGGCAGCUUCUGAUAAAGAAGCUACAUUAUCUACAGAAAUUGAAAAAUUGAGGAGUCUUCAUGAUGAAUUAAAAAAUUCUCUUGAAGAGAGCUUGCAAAAUAAAUUGGAUGCAUCCGUGAUCGAUGAAUUGAAUACAAGACAUGCUCAAGAACUUGAAGAAUUGAAUGCAAGACAUGCUCAAGAAAUUGAAGAAUUGAAACUUUUGCAUGAAAAAUCCAGAGUUGAACUUGAGGAAGAAAUUGAAAAGAUUAAUUCAAAUCAUCAUCAAUCUAUUAAAGAUCUUCGAGAUUCUCACAGUAAAGAAAUGCAAGAAUUUGAGGAAGUGAUGAAAGUAAAAGAAAAUUUAUUGUUGGAAAUUGAAACACUCGACAAAGUCAAAAAUGAAGAUUCUAAUAUAAUCAACGAAUUGCAUAACCAAGUUGCAGCAUUAAAUAAACAAAUCGGAGAUUAUGAAGAGCAGCUUCAACAACAUAAAAUUGAAAUCGAGCAAGUCAAUGCUGAGUCAUUAGUUUCCCAAAAACAAUUACAAACUCUCCUCGAUAUUAAGGAUCAAGAAAUUGAAGAAUAUAAAGCGAAAUUAUCCGAACCUAGCGACGGAGAAGGCAAAGACCUUAGUGAAGUACAUCAAGCACAUCAAUCCGAAAUUGCUGAACUCAAAGCAGCCUAUGAUGCUAAAAUUGCUGAACUCGAAAAGGCUCAUAGUGCUAACAUUGAAGAACUUGAAUCAUCUAAAAGUUGGCUUGAUCAAGAAAUUGAUCGACAAGACGUAAGAUUUAUUAUUAAAUAAUAAUAUCGUUUUUACGAAAGUAUAUCUGAUACUAAUUUUUUAUAUAAAUACUUUAUAGACAAUAAUUGAACAACUCAAUAUUGAUAACAAGAAAUUUAAGGAAGAGAAUGAUCAAAUGCUCAAGUUGAUUCACCAACAACAAGAAAAGUUAUUUCAAUUAUAAUAUGAAUACACAUUUUGAAUAGGAUAUAGAAGAAAAUAUAAUAUAAUUCUUUUUCUUCUUAUUCUUCUUAUUCUUCUUAUUCUUCUUAUUCUUUCAUUUGUUUAUUUUUUAAUUCUAAAUUUAUAAUUAUAUUAUUUAUUACUACCGUAUAUUUGAACUAUUAGUUGAUUCAAAAAAAAAAAAAAAAAAAAAA